AUGGCUAGACCUGCUGAUCCUAAGAACGAUAGAUUGGCAACAGCAAUAUUAGAUCAAGAAAAACGUCCAAAUCGUUUAAUUAUUGAUGAUGCUGUCAAUGAUGAUAAUAGUGUUGUUGCAUUAUCACAACAAAAAAUGGAUGAAUUACUAUUAUUUCGUGGUGAUCCUGUUUUACUUAAAGCUGAUGAUACUUGUCCAAAUGAUCAUAUACGAAUGAAUCGUGUUGUACGAAAUAAUUUACGUGUACGAUCCGGUGAUAUUGUUUCAAUUCAAGCAUGUCAAGAUGUUAAAUAUGGUAAACGUAUACAUGUUUUACCUAUUGAUGAUACUGUUCAAGGCAUAACAAGAAACUUAUUUGAAGUUUAUUUAAAACCGUAUUUUGUUGAAGCAUAUCGACCAGUUAAAAAAGGUGAUGUUUUUAUUGUACGUGCAGCUAUGCGUGCUGUAGAAUUUAAAGUAAUUGAAACUGAUCCAGCACCAUAUUGUAUUGUUGCACCAGAUACAGCUAUACAUUGUGAAGGUGAUCCAAUAAAACGUAAAGAAGAAGAAGCAUCUUUAAAUGAAAUUGGUUAUGAUGAUAUUGGUGGUUGUAGAAAACAAUUAGCACAAAUUAAAGAAAUAGUUGAAUUACCAUUAAGACAUCCACCAUUAUUUAAAACUAUUGGUGUUAAACCACCGCGUGGAAUCCUUCUCUAUGGACCGCCGGGCACAGGUAAAACUUUAAUUGCACGUGCUGUAGCCAAUGAAACAGGUGCAUUCUUCUUUUUAAUCAAUGGACCGGAAAUUAUGUCGAAAGUAGUUGGUGAAUCAGAAUCAAAUUUACGAAAAGCUUUCGAAGAAGCUGAAAAGAAUUCUCCAGCUAUUGUUUUCAUUGAUGAACUUGAUGCUAUUGCACCAAAACGUGAAAAAACUCAUGCUGAAGUUGAACGUCGUAUUGUUUCACAAUUAUCAACAUUAAUGGACGGUCUUAAACAACGUUCAGAUGUUAUUGUUAUGGCAGCAACUAAUCGACCGAAUUCAAUUGAUCCAGCACUUCGUCGUUUUGGUCGUUUUGAUCGUGAAGUUGAUAUUAGUAUACCAGAUGCUAUUGGUCGUUUAGAAAUUCUUCGUAUACAUACAAAAAAUAUGAAAUUAGGAGACAAUGUUGAUCUUGUACAAAUUGGUAAUGAAACACAUGGUUAUGUUGGUGCUGAUUUAGCAUCAUUAUGUUCAGAAGCAGCAUUACAACAAAUUCGUGAAAAAAUGGAUGUUAUUGAUUUAGAAGACGAUACAAUUGAUGCUGAAAUACUUGAUUCAUUAGCUGUUACACAAGAUAAUUUCCGUUUUGCACUUAAUAACAUCAAGCCAGGUACACUGCGUGAAGCGUUCGUUGAAAAGUCGACCGUUCAUUUAGAAGAUAUUGGUGGUUUGGAAGAUGCCAAGCACGAACUGCUAGAAUUUAUUUCUAAUCCACUUGAAUAUGCGCAAGAAUUCUUUGAAGUAGGUGUGACACCUUUGCGCGCUGUGCUCUUGAUUGGACCACCCGGUUGUGGUAAAACAAUAUUGGUGAAAGCUAUUGUCAAUGAGGCUAGAGUCAAUCUAAUCUUGAUCACAGGUUCACAUCUGUUGAAAAUGCGGUUUAGUGGAUUCGAGACUAGUAUAAGCGAUGUGUUUGAGAAGGCCCGUCAAGCAGCACCCUGUGUGCUCUUUUUUGACGAUCUGGAUGCAAUCACAAAAGCUCGUGGUGAUGAUACAACUGAUAGUAUGAUCUACCAUCUUAUGAGUGAAAUGGACAGGAUUGAUUCCAUAGAAGACGUAUUUAUUAUUGGUGCGACCAACCGACCGGAUUUGAUCGAUUCAGCUAUUCUUCGACCUGGUCGUUUCAAUCAAUUGAUCUACAUUCCAAUGCCAGAUGAAACGUCCCGUGUAGCAAUUUUGAAGGCUGCACUGCGCAAUUCUCGGGUAGCCAAAAAUGUCGAUCUGAAUUCUUUGGCCAAAACUACAGCUGGUUUUAGUGGUGCUGACUUACAUGAAAUUAGUCGACGUGCUGGUAGAUUUGCUAUACGUGAAUCAAUCGCGAAAAAAAAACGACAGUCCCAUGUUCGAAUGGUCAGGAACUGGGAUCAGUCUGAUCUGAAACCAGAAAUCUGUCGAGAACAUUUUGAAGCAGUGAUGAAACUCACACGACGAUCGGUUAGUGAUAAUGAUCUACGUAAAUAUGAAAUAUUUUUUGCUCAAAUAUUACAACAACCACAAGUCUUGUGUACGCAACUUCGUUUUCCUCAUCAAGAACAACCUUCACAAGGUGGAAGUGGUGAAUAUAAAUAA